AAAAAAAAAAAAAAAAAAAAAAACAAAGUAAUCCGGUUUUCUUCUUUAUUAUAUAUAACGGUUAACACAUACAAAAUCCUCAUUGUAUCUCUCAAUUUAUUUACAAAUGACUGAAAUCAUUAAAGAUGGUUAUUUAUCUGUCAAAGAGGAUGGACUAAGAGCUUGGAUUUGGUCAAAACGUUUUUGCGUCUUGAGAGAACAAGCAUUAACAUUUCAUAGAAAUGAACAAUCAGGACAAUGUGUUGCUUUAAUAUUUUUAAAGGAAAUUACUUCAGUUACGAGAACUGACCUUAAACCUUAUUGUUUUGAAGUGGCUACAAAAGAUAAAACAUAUUAUAUUGCAUGCAAAAAUGACGAAGAGCUAUAUUCUUGGAUGGAUGAAAUAUAUAAUAGAUCUACUGUUGGCGCUUCAGGUCCAACCAAUUUUGUUCAUGAAGUGCAUGUAGGUUUUGAUCCAAAUACUGGUGCAUUUACGGGCUUACCUGAUCAAUGGACAAAAUUAUUAAAAGGAUCAGCUAUUACUGCUGAAGAUGCAGCUAAAAAUCCUCAAGCAGUCUUAGAUGUUCUUGAAUUUUAUACUGAACAAACAAAACGAGAGGCGGAGGAAUAUGGUACAUCCAAUCUUCAAGGUGCAGUUGAAAGAAUGAGUAUUGAUCGAUGGAAUGCUUUAAUUAGCGAUCAUCAACAGUCAAAGAAAACAGUUUUGCCAUCACCUCAUCGUCCUGCUCCUCCUAGACCUGCUCCACCACCACCUAUCACUAGAAGAACUGAUAUGAAUGAAAUGAUGGAUGAAUUGUCUAUUCGAGUCCCUAAAUCACCAAAAUCACCUAUAGAUCUUCGUCAGUAUUCACCUAUCGAUAGGCUAUCUCCUUCCUCUGGUUAUCCCAACACUAACUCUAAUGGCAAUAAAUAUCCUAGACCAGAACCUUCUAAAUCACAUCAUAGAGUACCUGCUCGUACUACAAGUAUUUCAGCCUAUGAUGAACGUAUAAUGAUUGAGCGUGAAAAGAUAGAGAUGGAAAUGAGAGAAAGACAACAAAAAGAAAAGGAAAGGAUACGAGACCAAAAGGAAAAACAACUCAGAGAACGUGAAAGAGAACGUGAAAGAGAACGUGAAAGAGAACGUGAAAGAGAAAGAGAACGGGAACGCGAGCGUGAACGUGAACGUGAAAGAGAGCGUGAAAGAGAGCGUGAACGUGAACGUGAACGUGAACAAGAAAGAGAACGAGAACGAGAAAGGGAAAAGACAGCUCAAAUAGUCUCAACACCAAAGAAGAAGGUUGAACAACGAAUUAGUACAAUGACAGAAGCACAAAUAAUGGAGCAACUAAGGAGUGUUGUGACUAGUGGUGAUCCUAAUGAUAUGUACAAGAAAUUAAAAAGGGUUGGUCAAGGUGCUUCUGGCUCUGUUUAUGUUGCUCUUUCACUUGCUACAAAUACUAAAGUAGCUAUUAAGCAAAUGGAUUUAGCUCAUCAACCCCGAAAAGAUCUGAUUGUAACAGAAAUUUUAGUUAUGAAGGAAUCUCAGCAUCCCAAUAUUGUCAAUUUCUUGGAUGCUUUCCUUGUUAAAAAUAGUGAACUUUGGGUUAUUAUGGAGUAUAUGGAAGGAGGUGCUUUAACAGAUGUUAUAGAUAAUAAUACAAUGACAGAGCAACAGAUUGCUACUGUUUGUCACGAGACAACAGCCGGUCUUUUGCAUUUGCAUUCACAAAAUAUUCUUCAUAGAGAUAUUAAAUCAGAUAAUAUUCUUUUAAACGCACAUGGCCAAGUCAAAAUUAGUGAUUUCGGUUUUUGUGCAAAACUAACAGAUCAAAGGAAGAAGCGUGCUACAAUGGUGGGCACACCUUAUUGGAUGGCACCUGAAGUAGUCAAACAAAAAGAAUACGGCGCCAAAGUUGAUAUUUGGUCAUUAGGUAUUAUGGCUAUUGAAAUGAUUGAAAAUGAACCACCUUAUCUUGACGAAGAACCCUUAAAGGCGCUUUAUUUAAUUGCAACAAAUGGUACACCUACGUUAAAGAAUCCUGAAAAGCUCUCCCGUGAAUUGAAGGGCUUUUUAGCUGUUUGUUUAUGUGUUGAUGUUAGAUCAAGAGCCACUGCUGCAGAGCUAAUGAAUCAUGAAUUCCUAAAGAAGGCAGGCCCAUUAGAAAUAUUAGCACCUUUACUUAAAUUUAAAUCAAGAAAUUAACCUAACAAAAAAAAAAAAAAAAAAAAA